AUGUUGUUUUUCCACAAACCCACCAAAGCUAAGUCUUUGGUUAACUUCAUUUUAGUCUCUUCUUCAUUCUGUGCCCUUUAUGUUGUUGUGUCUGUGCUACUAUUGGGGCCAGCAAAGCUAGUUCAUAUGAAUAAGGGAUCACAAGAUGUGUCUACAGCAACCACUCUUGAUCAUCUUGUGUUUGGGAUUGCUUCAAGCAAAGGUUCAUGGCCAAAGAGGAAGGAGUAUGUGAAGUUGUGGUGGAACAACAACAAAACAAUGAAGGGGUGUGUGUUUGUGGAUAGCAUCCCAGAUGAAGAUCAUGGUGGGAAUGAGAAUGAUACUUCUCUUCCUCCUCUUUGUGUCUCUGAAGACACGUCAAGGUUCCGCUACACUUGCAAGGGUGGACUGAGAUCAGCAAUACGCGUGGCACGUGUUGUUGUGGAGACCAUAGCAAUGAAUAAUCAUUCAGAUGUGAGGUGGUAUGUGUUUGGAGAUGAUGACACGGUUUUCUUCCCAGAGAAUGUGGUGAAGACUUUGUCCAAAUAUGAUCAUGAGCUUUGGUACUAUGUUGGGUCCCACUCUGAGGUUUAUGAGCAGAACCGGUUGUUUGGUUUUGGAAUGGCUUUUGGUGGUGCAGGUUUUGCUAUCAGCUCCUCUCUCGCUAAAGUGUUGGUCAAGGUUUUUGAUUCUUGUAUAGAAAGGUACCCUCAUCUUUAUGGAAGUGAUGGCAGGGUGUACUCUUGCUUGGCAGAGCUUGGAGUCGGGUUAACACAUGAACCGGGUUUUCACCAGGUUGAUUUGCGAGGAAACACCUUUGGCCUAUUGGCUGCACAUCCAAUGUCUCCCUUGUUGUCCCUGCAUCACCCGGAAUACACAGAUCCAAUCUUUCCAAACAUGACAACUACACAAGCUUUGAAUCAUUUAUUUGAAGCUGCAAAUGUUGAUUCUGAGAGGAUGUUGCAACAAGCAAUUUGCUAUGAUAAAUGGUUUUCAUGGACAAUUUCAGUGUCAUGGGGCUAUGCUGUUCAAAUAUUUCCAAACCGUAUGUUUGUGUCAGAUGUCUUGAAAGUGCAAGAAACAUUCAAGCAAUGGAAGAAGGGAAACAUGUUGGCAAAAUCAUAUACUUUUAACACAAGAGAACUUCACCCUGACCCUUGUAAGAGAUCUACUAUUUUCUACCUAGACAAUGUGUCUUCCAACAAGGAUGACAUCAUAAGCAGUUACAAGAAAUCUUUCCAAAAUUGCUCAAACAAUGCGAUAUCCCCAAAUAAACUGGAAGUGAUCAAAGUGAUUACAAAUAAGCUAGACCUGGACAUCAAGCAGGCUCCAAGAAGGCAUUGUUGUGAUGUGUUGCCCUCUAGUGCCGAUGACCAAAUGGAAAUUGCAGUCAGGGAAUGCAAAGAUGAAGAAUUAGUUUUCAUGCAUUGA